AUGGUCCAGUACAGCAUUAGGAGCACAGACAACAGCACCCAGGGCCGCCUAGCUCUGGUAACAGGGGCAAGUGGUGGCAUUGGGUCGUCGGUUGCACACGCUCUUGCUGCAGAGGGCUGUGAUGUCGCGUUGCACUAUUCAUCGAGCCAGAGCAAAGCCGAAGCUCUCGCCCAAGAGUUGCGGUCCAAGUACCCCUCACAACUCUUCCUCCCGUUCCAAGCCGACCUAUCGUCCAGAGAAUCAACUCGCAACUUGGUACCCAGCAUAUUCGCAAACAGUGUGAUCUCGCAGAAGCACAAGGCCAUUUCGAUUCUCGUGGCCAAUGCGGGCCUUGGUCGUCGCAUCCGUGAUCCGGCGGACAUUGGCGAAGAUGACUGGGACGAGAUGAUGGAGGUCAACUCGCGCAGCCAAUUUGUCGUCACCAAAGCUUGUCUUCCCGGCAUGCGAGCUCAGGAGUGGGGACGAGUAGUGCUGGUUGGGAGUAUUGCAAGCCGUGGUGGCGGCAUCAAUGGCUGUCACUACGCUGCUACCAAGGGCGCACUUUGCUCAAUGGGGCUCAACUUGGCUACGCUCUUGGCGCCGGAGGGUGUUACCGUCAACAUUGUUCUGCCUGCAAUGAUCGGGGCAACUGGCAUGAUUGCAACUCCAAAGUCAACUACAUGGGAUAGCAAAGACGAUCUCGAGGCCCUUAGGGCCACGGAUCCCGGGCUGGCCAUUGCCGCAAGCGUCCCGGUCCACCGACUCGGGGCCCCCGAAGAAGUGUCCAAUGUGGUUACAAUGUUCGUCAAGACAGGCUACCUUACUGGUCAGGAGCUUGUCCUCGCUGGCGGCUUGAAAUGA